AGAGAGCAAGAGAGAGAGAGAGAGAGGGAGAAAAAAUAUGAAACAACUCAUUUGCAGAGGAGUAAAUCACGGAAAAGCCGUUUGAGAGCGCGACACGGCUCCAGGAAUUGUGAUGCGCAGGAGCCUUUCCUCCUCAACUUCUUCUUCUUCCUCUUCUUCUUCCUCCUCUUCCUCUUCUUUUCCUUCUUCCUCGUUGGACUUUUUAUGGACUCGCUGUGAUUGUUGUGGUUCUGGUCGUGGCUGUCGUUACCGUCCCCAACACCGCGCGUCCGUCACUGUGGCCGUGAGGGGAAACACCACAACAACGGUGACCGGCGGCAGACUCGCCUCGCGCUCUGUCUCCCUCCCCUCCCGGUGUUUGUGUGCCUCACAGCGCGCGACAGAAGCAGAAAAGGGGAAACAGGCGCCGCUCUCUUCCUCCAGCCCCUCUGAGCACUGACAGAAACUACUGGAACAAAGAUGAGCUCUUAUUUCGUCAACUCGCUCUUCUCCAAAUAUAAAAGCGGAGACUCGUUACGUCCAAACUACUACGAGUGCGGCUUCGCGCAGGAUCUGACGGGCAGCCGGCCCACCGUGGUGUACGGCCCGGGCUCCGGCGCCACCUUCCAGCACGCCCCGCAGAUCCAGGACUUCUACCACCACAGCGCCUCCACACUGCCCAGCAACCCGUACCAGCAGAGCCCGUGCGCGGUCACAUGCCACGGAGAGCCCGGGAACUUCUACGGAUAUGACGCCCUGCAGCGGCAGACUCUGUUCGGGGCGCAGGACGCGGAUCUGGUCCAGUACAGCGACUGUAAGCUGGGGGGCGCGCCGGGGCUGAGCGCAGAGGACGCGGAGGGGACCGAGCAGAGCCCCUCACCGACGCAGCUGUUUCCUUGGAUGAGGCCGCAAGUAGCUGCUGGCAGGAGGCGGGGCCGGCAGACCUACAGUCGCUACCAGACCUUGGAGCUGGAGAAGGAGUUCCUGUUCAACCCCUACCUGACCCGGAAACGCCGCAUCGAGGUGUCGCACGCGCUGGCCCUGACAGAGCGACAGGUGAAGAUCUGGUUCCAGAACCGGAGGAUGAAGUGGAAGAAGGAGAACAACAAGGACAAGUUCCCCAGCAGCAAGAGCGAGCAGGAGGCCGUAGAGAGGGAGCGGAGGGAGAAGGAGCUGAGGGAUGGCAGCGGGAGUGGAGGAAGCGAAGGCGGCGGCGGCGGCGGCGGAGGAGGUGGAGGAGGCUCGGUCGCGGCUGUGGCGGGAACCGCGGGGUCACAGGCCGCCGUGAACGAGGAUUGCUGCGAGAAAACACAGAAGCAAAUGUAG